AUGGCUCUUUUAGGGUUUCCGAUCUAUAGCAUACCACCGCAGGGUUUCAAGGAUGAGGAGGAAGAGCUGGAGGUGGUUGAAACUGAAACGGGCUUCGGGAACGUCAUCGUCGUCGACAAACUGCUCCUUACCUACCUUCCCGUCUCUCCCUUCCCCCAUUCCUCCUUCCCCGCACCCUCCUUUCCCCCCCGGCUGUCCCUCCUCUGUCGCUGCAGCGAGGACGAGGAGGAGGAGCUGGAGGUGGUGAAGACGGAAACGGGCUUCGGGAACAACCUUCUCCGCACCUACCUUCGCGUAUCUCCUUUCCCCCGUUCCUCCUUCCCCGCACCCUCCUUCCCCGCACCCUCCUUUCCCCUCGGCUGCAGCGAGGACGAGGAGGAGGAGCUGGAGGUGGUGGAAACCGAGACGGGCUUCGGGAACGUCAUCGUCGUCGACAACCUGCCCGUCGUGCCGCCCGAAAAGUUUGAGAAGCUGCAGACCGUGGCCAAGAAGAUUUUCGGGCAGAUUGGGUUGAUUCGGGAGGGGGGGCUGUGGAUGCCCGUGAAUAAGGAGACGCAGAAGACGAACGGAUAUGCCUUUAUCGAGUAUGCCACUCCCCAGGAGGCGCAGGCGGCGCGGGAGCAGAUGGACGGGUACAAGCUGGACAAGGCGCACGUCUUUAAGGUCUCCAUGUUCGACGACUUUGACAAGUACGCGCGCGUGCCCGACCAAUACGUGCCGCCGCCGCAAAAGGAGUACACUCCCUCGGAGAAUCUGCAAUGGUUCGCGGCGGACGAGCGCGGGCGCGACCAGUUUGUGAUUCGCUUCGCGUCCGAGACCGAGGUCUACUGGAACGACGCGCGCGCCGCCAAGCCCGACCCCGUCUACCGCCGCACGGUAGGGCAGAGGGGGAAAGGAGGUGGGUUUUGGACGGAGAGCUUCGUGCAGUGGUCGCCGCUGGGCAGCUAUCUCGCGACCAUCCAUCGCCAGGGCGCCGCCAUCUGGGCCGGCCCCUCGUGGCAACGCAUCAUGCGCUUCGCACACCCGCAGGUGCGCCUCAUCGACUUCUCGCCCGGGGAGCGGUUCCUGGUGACGUACAGCAGCCACGAGCCUGCCAACCCGCGGGACACGCAGAAGGUGGUGCUGAAUGUGUUUGACGUGCGCACGGGGAAGAGCAUGCGCGAGUUCAAGGGCGCGGCAGAUGAUUUCGCCACUGGCGGCGCUGGUGGCGUCGCUGGCUUGGUUGGUCCCUCCCCCGCCUCCUCCCUUAAGCAGAAGGUGGUGCUGAAUGUGUUUGACGUGCGCACAGGCAAGAGCAUGCGCGAGUUCAAGGGUGCAGUGGACGAUUUCGCCACUGGCGGUGCGGGUGGUGUUGCUGGCGUGCAGUGGCCCGUCUUCAGCACGAUGUCGCUGCUGGACAAGAAGUCCCUCAAGGCGGAUCACGUACAGGACUUCACGUGGUCGCCGGCUGAGCCCAUCCUGGCCAUGUACAUUCCUGAAUCGAACGGGGGCAACCAGCCCGCUAGGGUGAGCCUGGUUGCUAUCCCAUCCCGCGAGGAGCUGAGGCAGAAGAACCUGUUCAGCGUGAGUGAGUGCCGCAUGGCGUGGCAGAGCGCGGGCGAGUACCUGGCAGUGAAGGUGGACCGCUACACCAAGACCAAGAAAACCACCUACUCGGGCUUCGAGCUCUUCCGAAUCAAGGAGCGCGACAUCCCCAUCGAAGUCCUCGAGCUAGAAAACAAGAACGACAAAGUUAUCGACUUUGCGUGGGAGCCGAAGGGGCAUAGAUUCGCGGUGAUUCACGGCGACGGGCCGAAGCCGGACGUGUCGAUUUACACGAUGAAGCAGGCGGGAGCGGGCGGGGCGGGCGGGGUUGUGAAGGUGGCGAAGCUGACGACGCUCAAGGGGAAGCAGGCGAACACGCUGUGCUGGUCGCCCAUGGGACGGUUUCUGGUGCUGGCGGGACUGAAGGGGUUCAACGGGCAGUUUGAAUUCUUCAAUGUGGAUGAGCUCGAGACCAUGGGCACUGGGGAACAUUUUAUGGCCACCGAUGUGGAGUGGGACCCCACUGGCAGGUACCUGGCAACAGCAGUGACGUCGGUACAUCAGAUGGAGAACGGAUUCCACAUCUGGUCCUUCAGUGGCCGCCUGCUCUACCAGCUGCCCCGCGACCGCUUCAUGCAGUUCCUGUGGAGACCCCGUCCCCCCUCCCUGCUCCCCGCGGAAAAAGAGGCAGAAGUUUCCAAGAACCUGCGCAAGUACAGCCGAAAGUACGAGGUGGAGGACGAGGAGGCCGGGGCGGCGUCGAGUGCAGCGGAGGUGGAGAGGCGGCGCAUGGUGAUGGACGAGUGGCGGCAGUGGCAGGCUGAGUGGCGGCACAUUGAUGAGCAGGAGGAGAAGCUGCGGGCUGCGAUCCGAGGCGGCGUGAAGGAGGAGGAGGAGUAUAAGGCGGAGGAGGUGGAGGUGGAGGAGAUCAUUGACAUUCAGGAGGAGAUUGAGAGGUUCGAGUGA